UUUAUUGAUUUUUGGGUGCUCAAACACUACGCCCCAAAAGUGACGAAUUUUGUUUCCGGAUACGAUAUGGCAUCAGCAUCGAGUAGCAGUGCGAAAAACCUGUUCAGUGAUUCUAAACGACGGCUGGCAGAACGAGUUGCAGUGAACGUAAACAAUGCCUCUUCUGUUGCCCGACAAAUAGUACGUGGAUCGAAAUCUAACGAAAUUCUUAUGCAGGCUGCAAAAAACUUUGCCUAUCAUGAAAGCACUGUAGACAAUAGUAUACAAAACUUGAAGAAGAUGGAUAUAAUUUUCCAACAUAUGAACUAUCAGUACGAUGCAAUCCAUCAAGCCGCAGAAAAGUUGGAAUUUGUGGAAGAGCAAGUGAAUGCAAUGGAAAGAUGAUGCGAGAAAUUGGCAACGGGUGAGCCCCUUGGCUAUUACUGAUUGCUAAAAGAAAGGAAAAAAACAUCUAAAACAAACGAAGCAAAGCAACAAACAGACUAUUAGAGCGCUCCUGGUGGCAGGUACUGGAAACGCUAUUAUAUCGUCAUAUGAACUGUCAGAAAAAUCCGCCAAAAGAGUAAGAAAAACUGUGUUUACAUAUCGUGCUGACCGUGCUUCAAAGUGUCGUUUGCGAUUUUGUCUGAA